GAAGACAAGAAGCGCCCUGCCGCUCUAAACCUCACGCCAACCCGCACAGGAACUGGCGACUCGACAUCAUCAUCGGAAACUUCGCUCAAGGUCCGCACUCCUCGCUUCGCAGAGGCCACGUCUGUUCACUCGCCCGUCGACGGCAAGUCGCCAUUUGCCGACCCCGAGAAGUCGGAGGUCGUCCAACCGCAGGUCGGGGACGUUGGUUUCGGAUACAUUGGUGCUGGUGGUCAGGAGAAGACAACUACGGUCAACAUACCGAUGACGCCCAAGUCACCCCUCAAGAGCGCCAUGAAGGUUCCCGGCACCCCGGGGAGGCACUUCAACGCCAACAACAACCCCCUCAGCCCCACGUUCCGCGAGGAGGAAAUUCUGGAGAAGCGUGAGGGCUUGACCGACAAGGAACAGGCCCGCGAUGUCAGAAUCAAGAUGCGAGUUCGUCUGGCCAAGGUUGCCCUUCGCGGAGUCAACUUUAGCUGCUCGCUCAUCGUCGUGUCCAUGAUGUCGGCGACCUUUGCGAUUUUCAACGCCACAAGGUCCCUGCCCCAGCAGAGCACCAUGCCCUCAUGGGCCACAACGACCAACCCGUGGCCUCAGAUCCUCGUCCUCGUUGUGGCCUGUCUGUCCCUCCUCGCCUCGAUAGUCAUUCUGGCAGCCUACUGCCGUGGAGGACACAAGCGAGCUGAGAAGGUGACGACUUACUACACCAUGUUUGCUCUCGCAUGGUUCACCUUCAGCAUGGGUCUCUGGGCCGUUACCGCCGCUCUCUUCCAGCACUCGCGCAACAGCUCCGGCAACAAGGACAUGUGGGGUUGGGCGUGCGUCGAGAACACCCGCUCGGCCGUAUACUCGGACAAGGUCGAUUACCAGCUCGUGUGCCGCCUGCAGAACUGGUCCAUCAUCUGCAUCAUCAUCGAGAUCGUGGUGGAGGUCAUCAGCAUCCUGCUCUACAGCGUCGUCUUUUACCGCUACUACACCAAGCGCCGUCUCGCCAAGUCCAUGGACAUGAGGGACCGCGCCCGCACGGACCUGUACCUCGCCCAGCUGCGCUCCCAGUCCGCUCCCAACACGCCCGGCUUCGCCGGCCCCAAAUCCCCCGCCCUCAGCAGCUACGCCAUGUCCCCCCGCCACCCCCCCGGCUCCGCCUACCGCAACCUCGGGGACAUCGAGGAGUCCCCCUUCACCCCGGGCGGCCGCGUCGCCGUCCCGCAGUCCCAGUUCGCUCCCACUCCGCAGACCGACUUCAAGCUGCAGGCUCCCCCCUCAAAGGCCCGCUCUGCCACCCCCAAGGUGAAGCAGGCUGGCUUCGUGGCUGAGGACCAGCCCGUCCCCCACCACCAGUCUCAGCUUCAGUCUCAGCCCACCCCUCACCAAGCCGCUCCUGUGGCAGACGACGAGCCCAUCUACGACGCCGUGCCUAUACCCGGUGCCUAUGCUGGUCAGGCCAUCAAGAGUCCUCCUCCGAAUCAGUCUUUUUUUGGGCAGGCCCAAUGA